CACUUUCCAUCUUGUUUAUCUUCUUCAUCUACGGUACAAUGGAGCAAACACAAUACUGGAUGUGGCCGAAGACGAGGCAUGGUUUGAGUUCUAACCUUCAAGCUACGAAAACUGUUGCUUAUGAUGAUUCGUGGGAAGAGCAUGCUUUUGCCGAAGAUGCAGCGGGGACGCUUGGAGCUGGAUGCAUAUGGCCUCCGAGGUCUUAUUCUUGUAGUUUCUGUAGAAGGGAAUUUAGAUCAGCUCAAGCUCUUGGAGGUCACAUGAAUAUCCAUAGGAGGGACAGAGCUAGGUUAAAGCAAUCUCCUAGUCCCCAAGCUGAAGUUCUUCUUCAAAAUCAUCGGAAUCACGUUUCGAAUAAUAACUUUGCAUCUUUUUGGUAUUCAUCUCAGGAUUAUAACUUGGUUUAUAACGAUAACCCUAAUCCAACAUCUCCAUCUUCUAGGAUUUCAGCUUCUUUACCUACUAAAGGAGAUUGCCCUGAUGAUCAUAAAGCCUUGUCUCCUUUUUCUACUCCAAUUCUCCAAGAACACCAAAAGAAGACGUCUUUUUCCCAUAAAUCAUGGUCAAAUGUGGAUGCUGACAAAAAUCAUUAUUUCUCUGAUCUGAUGAAGACUGAGGGAGAGAAGAAUAUGAGAAUCCUAGAAUCAGAAUGUACGGUUAAUGUCCAAACUGAUUUAUCUGUGAGCUUGAAUCUUGUUGUUCGAAGAACAAGGCCUACUGUAUCCGGUGAGGAGGAGGAGAGUGUCUGCUGCAAGAGAAGGAGAAUUGAUGCAACUUCAUUACCUUUCUUCUUGAAGCCAGUUUCUAUCAACAAGCAUCAAUUACAACCGAAGGUUAUUAAUCUAAGCCCUAGCUCUAUUGAUGAAUUGGAUCUUGAACUCAGGCUAGGUGACCGCCCCAAGGUAAGUAGUUAAUUUCAUUAGAAACCAUGAGUGCCUUUGUUCCCUUGUAUGUAUAACUUGUUUAUUUCAGUUUCUUAUUUUUCCUUCUAGAGGUACAGAUCAAGACACCUCUUUGCUUUGAAUUUAACGUGAUAUCUCUCUAGAUGCUAUUAAAUCCACUGAGUGUAA